CACCGGCAUCGUCAACCGUCUCGACAACGUGGCCUGGGUCGCAUUGCCACCAAACCCAUGCCGCUUGUCAAUGGGGGGGACGGGACGUUGAAUCUGCCAAAGCCGUUAGUGUGGGCGCCAGUCCGGACGCCUGGCAUCACUUAUGCACUCUGACGGGUCAAACAUACCGCUUCAAUCCAACCAGCAAUGCCUGGGAGUUCACCAAUAGUGGUCGCUGUCUGCAGGAAGCAUCCACAAUUUUUUGAAGUACGCUGUGCUAUCGAGGCAUAAACCGCCGAAUAUACCAUCAAAAAAGACGUGAACGAGGAUUUAAAAAACUACCACAAUUUUGGAAAGAAUCUUCUUUUAGCAGAAAUCGUUGCGAAAACGUUGCGUUUCAUGGAUGUAAAAACCAUUUUCAGGUCAACGCCAUGAGCAAAAACACCGCUGUUGAGAUUCAGAGGCCGUCGGCACUGGACAGUGCUGAUGGAGAUAUCCGAAAAUUCAACGGCGCAGGCAUGAUCCCUACAUGGGCCCUCGUGGCCGGCAGCAACCAGCGAGUGUUCCAAUAUAGCAAAUGGGUUAGUAUCGGAGAAGACGGAGAGAUUCGGACCAUUUCUCGCAAAGGUAAUGUGUUCCGCCUCAACGGCGCAACCAACAAUUUCGACGGGAUCCCCAUUCUCAAUGCUAUCGCGCUGGAUGUGCGCAAUGCCACCUACGCCACCGUGGUCACCGCCGGCUGCAACGCGUGGACCUUCAAGACCGGCACGUGGACCAAGUGGGCCAUCAGCACCUGUCCCAUACAGACGACCUCCACUAGCAGUAAUGAUUAUUAUUUAAACGAGCGCGGGAGAUUUGGCUCACGCCAUUAUAGUCCGAUAUUAGUAACAGGAUUUUUAACAAAUGGUUGAAGAUUGUUUGCUGUGUAGUAGAGAAACAAAGCUUGUCGCUUUAUCUUAAGCAAUUUUGACAAUUUUUGAUUAUGCAAAUAAU